AAGAAAUAUUGCAUUUCUAAGUCAAACUGGAUUCUAAUUUAGUUUCAAAAUGGCACUAGCAACUCUGAGAAUGUGCAUCAAAAACCACUGUUAGAUCCCAUCUUUACUUUUGCAUGCAAACCCACCACAAAAUCUCCGAUACCUCCCAUUACAAUCCAAUCAACACAACACCCAAAAUCUCUGGUACCUCCCUGCGAUGGUGUAUUCACAGACCUAGUUGCUCCUCCAGUUUGGGCCACAAGAAGUCGACCUUGGUGGAGAGACAAGCACCCAAGGCGAUGGCAACGGUUGUGACAGCAACGUGGGUGAUGGUGGAGGCGAUGGCAACGGCUGUGACGGCGACGAGCAAACUAAGGCCGAUUUAGCAAGCCUAAGAAAACCCAGAUUUGGGUUUUCAAACCCAAAUCCGGAGAGAAAGAAAGGAGAAGAGAGAGAGAUAAAGAACAAGAAGGAUGAUCUGAUUUUGAUUUUAAUUUUGGAGAAGUAGUAGGUUUAAGGGUUUUGAUUUGAAAAGGAAAUGAAAGGAGAAACAAAGAAAACUAUGAUUUUUGG